AUGAUCGCAUCUGAGGUUUUGCACGAUUUUUGGUCUUCCCUCAACGAUUUCUCUCUCUACAAAACCAACCACACCGACCAUGGAAUUCACUCAAACUAUCGUUACUCAUUUGCUCUACCAUUUGAAAGAGUCGAUGAGCCGGUUUUGAUCACAAAAUUUUUGCAACAGAACUGGGCGCACACAAUCACCAUAUCUGUGAUAUAUUUUGCAAUCAUCAAAUUGAUCCAGUCAUAUUUGGAACACAAAAAAGCAUUCGAUCUUCGCUUGCCACUUAUUUUCUGGAACGCUUUUCUUGCUUUGUUCAGCAUUUUUGGUUUUAUUCGAUUUGGAGAGGAUUUGUUUUAUUCGCUGCAACACCGUACACCCUAUGAAUGGAUUUGUUAUUCUUGUCAUCCAAAUGAUGUCGCUGCCUUCUGGAGUCUACUUUUUGCGAUAUCCAAGAUUUUUGAACUCGGUGACACGCUUUUCAUUGUUCUACGCAAAAAACCGCUUAUAUUUUUGCAUUACUACCAUCAUGCGGCUGUUCUCAUUUACACAGUUCACGCAGGAGCCGAGCAUACAGCUGCCGGGCGAGCUUUCAUAACAAUGAACUAUUUUGCACAUUCUGUAAUGUAUUUCUAUUACACUCUUACCGCAAUGGGCAUUAAAGUUCCUCGAAAAAUCUCAAAGUGGGUGACAAUCAUUCAAACAACUCAAAUGCUAAUCGGAGUCAUGAUUUCUUGUUGUGUUCUUUGGAUCAAGCAGAACACUGAUUGGAAAUGUCAACAAUCGAGAGCCAAUCUGAGUCUCGCAUUUCUUAUCUACACAACAUUUUUGAUUUUAUUCCUUCAUUUUUACUGGAGUACCUAUAUUCGCCAUCGAUCGAUCAAAUCGGAGAGCGACAAGGAGAAGAAAUUA